CUCUGUGCUUUUAUUUGGUACUGCAUAAAUAAAUUUUCGUAGCAAGUUGUUUAAUUGUUUAUAUAACUUGCGAAUAUAGAUAUUAUCUAUGGUUUCUGUGGACAAUAAGCACUUGCAUAGUUGCAGUAACUUACAAAAAACAAUUGACUUCAUUUUGUUAGUAGCCAGUUGCCAUGAGAAUUUAUGCUGGCCACAUCAUUCACAGGAUUAUUUGAAUUAAUUUUCCCUAAGAAAAUGAUUCUAAUAAGAUGAUCUUUGUUCCUAGUUGCGGUUUGGGUCAAUGUCACUUAACUAUUUGUUCACAUAUCGAAUUUGUAAAAUGAUCAGUAUGUUUUCUCCACAAAGGAUUGUGCUCCGGUUUUGAGCAGCGCUGUAAAUAUGCAUCAAGAAGCAAGUCUUAAUCCAGACGGAGAAAUCAAAGUAAGUUUUGGAUAUCACUGUGAUGAAAAGAAUGAGAAUUCCUAUGGAAUUUCCGAUGAGUAUGAAACCCCGUCUGGAACUAAACUUCGAAGAAACAACAGCUCUUUCUCUUGCCUCUCUGGUGCUGCCUUGAGUGCAAACGCUACUUUGGCUAACACAAAUAUCUGCAAUGGAUUAUUUGGUGCAGAAAUUCUUCCAACGUGGGACUCCCCCAAUUCAUUUAGAAGGGUUCCCUCUUCUUCAUCUAUAUCGAAGUUGGACUUAUUAUCUACUUCUCUUCAGAGUAGUUUAUCAAACUUAAGUUGCAGUCCUCCAACUCCAAGUGAUUCCUUUUUGCUAAAAUCCAUGAGUGCUCCUUCAAGAAGUGAAAGUUUUCUCAAUGCUAUGGAAUUGCAAGUAGCAGGUGGCGCGGCAGGGGAAGAUCGAGUCCAAGCCGUUUGUUCUGAAGAAAAUGGGUGGCUCUUUUGUGCAAUCUAUGAUGGAUUUAAUGGUAGAGAUGCAGCUGAUUAUCUAGCUGGUACAUUAUAUGACACUAUUGGCAUCUACUUGAAUUCAAUAGAAUGGGAUAUAGAAUCUAAUGAAACAUCUAAUUUCCCACAUCAGCUCGAUGAUGAUGAAGGGGGUAAAGCUAAUGCGAAAGAUGUGAGCACGGAUAUAUUGGCAAAAAGUUUAUCCAGCUCUUCCAGACAAAGGGUGACUGAUAGCCUUCAACGUGCUCUAUGUCAGGCUGAAAAUGAUUUUCUUAAUAUGGUUGAACAAGAAAUGGACGAUCGUCCUGAUAUAGUAUCUGUUGGAUCUUGUGUUUUAAUUGUGCUACUCCAUGGGAAGGAUCUGUAUACACUCAAUUUGGGUGACAGUCGAGCUUUACUAGCAACAUACAGUGAAGCUUUCAUGGAUAGCGAUAAGGCCCUACAAGCUAUUCAACUUACUGAUAGUCAUACAGUGGAUAAUGAAGUUGAAAGAAACCAACUUCUAAGUAAUCAUCCUGAUGAUCCCAUGACAAUUGUGGGUGGAAGGGUGAAAGGGAAGUUAAAGGUCACUCGUGCUUUUGGAGUUGGUUACUUGAAAAAGAAAAUAUUGAAUGAAGCUUUGAUGGGUAUCCUCCGGGUUCGCAACCUUAAAAGUCCUCCAUAUGUCUCUACAGAACCAUCCCUGCGGGUGCAUGAAAUCUCGAAUUCUGAUCGCUUUGUUAUACUAGGGAGUGAUGGUUUAUUUGACUUCUUCACAAAUGAUGAAGUUGUAAAGCUUGUUCAUUGUUAUAUCUUGUCCAAUCCUAGUGGAGAUCCAGCGAAGUUCUUGUUAGAACAGCUUGUACUAAGAGCAGCAGAUUGUGCAGGUUUCAGUACGGAAGAGUUGAUGAGCAUUCCUCCGGGCAGGAGAAGAAAAUAUCACGAUGAUGUAACUGUGAUUGUGAUCAAUCUAGGUACAGAUAAGCGCACAUCCAAGGCAUCAACAUGCCUAUAACAUUUCAUGUGUGUGUGGUGGGCAGUUUUUGUCAUUAACAUCUAUGCAUAUUUGAUACUCUUAUUGUUCUUGGUUAGUAUAUGCAUAUAUGUAAAUCUUUGUCAAACUUGUUCUGCCUUGGAACUUCAUUGCCCCGUUUUGUUAAUGGAAGGAGUUCCUGAUCGGGAACGACUUUAGUUGAUA